AUGCGCGUACUGGAAUCAUUUUCUGUUAUAGUCGGGUCAAAACGACGUGAAGCUCGGUACAGUUACGAUAUAAUGAACUAUGCAACCUAUAUGACAGCGACGAAUCCCGGUACAAUUGCCGGAAUGGCAGCAGUUGCUUCUACCGUACCAGGUCAGCCUUACGCGACAGCGCCGCCUCAGUUGAUACCUACUGCAGCAGGUAUCCAGACUAUGUAUAGCGAACAAAGGCCAACUUUCAGUGCUGAUGGCAGCGGUAUACCAUACAGCUCCGUGAUGAAUGUGCCUGGACCAUCCGCGCUUAACCUAGACAUCAGUUACGACACUAAUUCGAAAGAUCCCGUUUUAAUCAAGUCUCGUAUCUUCAUUGGACGUUUGGCAAACGCCCCGGUUACGCGCGAUGACCUAAUCACGUUAUUCAAGCCGUUCGGUACAAUUCUUGCUCUCAAUCAUUUCAAGCAAGGUUACGCAUUUGUGCAGUUUUCUCAGCCUAGUGAGGCUGACGCUGCUGUAAGUGGACUUAACGGAAAGAAGUGGAUGGGUGUUAUAAUUGAUGUUCAUCACGUGGAUGGACCUACUCAAGGGAAGAAACGUACGGAGCAAGAGAGUCGCAAACGUGGUGCUGAUGAGGUCGAAACGCAGGCAUCUAAGCUUUUACGUGCAACGGAGAUCGCUCCUCUUGAAGAGAUAAAGCAGCAGAAUCGCGCCAAUAGAGCUGUGGCCCUUGGUGAUUCAACGGUUAAUGAGGAUCUCUUCACAACAGAAAUAGCGGACACAUUAAUUUGCGGAUCGUGCCGUUAUGUUACAGCUGAUUUUGAAGCUUUUAAAAAUCACCGAAUUGUUGGAUGCGACAAGAAGAAGGAAGAGGGAGAACCGACAUCUUUCAAAUGUGCUUCCUGCGACAGUCGUUUCACGAGUGCGUGGGCGAUACUUUGCCAUUUAACAGAGUUCCAUCGCAUGAUGCUUUAUAAAGAAGAAGAGAAAGAACAAUCGAAGGAUCAGGAAAAAGCGAACAAUGAACAAUCUAAAAGGUUGGCUACGGAAGGCCAGCAUUCCUUGUCUACUCGAGACUACUCACCGAUGAAAACUUCGGAUUCCGCAAACGCCGGGACCCCAAAACAAGCGUCGGGGACUCCAUCUCAAUCAACACACCAACAACAACAACAACAAAUGCGACAUCAACCUUCAGUGGAUCCUCGAAGUGGUAAUUCUGUUCCUUCUUCGAGCUUUGUAUACCCACAGUUAGGUGCUUCUCAAUCUGUUUACGCUCAGUACGCUUCUUCACAACCCGUUUAUAUGCCCACUCAAACAGCUCAGUUACAAUCAUUCCCAGCGUUAGGGAGACCUUUUGCAACCCAUUCGGGACCUGAAUCAUUGCAGGACUCCAUAAUUACUGGAUCUCCUGUGCACUACUCCAAUGGAGCUUCCUCAAGUAUGCGCUGA